GGUGUCCCGGAAGCAAGGACGAGGAACAGCUCUCGCGCUUUCCCAUUUUCUCUCCCCUCCCCUCCCUCCCCUCCUUUCCCGGAAAAACGGAGGAAAACCGAGCGAAAACGGAGGAAAGGGAAGGAAAGCUCGAAACUUUGAGGGGGAUAGGGGGGAGAGGGAGGAGGCGGCCGCCAUGGACAGGAGCGACGCGAAGGAGGUGGGUGGCGGCUCGAAGUUCCCGUUGAGCUUCCGGGAGCUGGCAAUGGCGUCCCUGGUCGUCGUGGGGUUCGUCCUGGGGCUCGCCGGCGUCUAUCUCACCAUGCCCGCCUCGGACUACAGCUUCCUCAGGUUGCCCCGCAACCUCGAAGAUCUCCAGAUUCUCCGAGACAAUCUUGAGGGCUACACAAGUGACUAUACGCUGCAGGUCCUUGUCGGCUACUGCACGGUCUACAUAUUCAUGCAGACUUUCAUGAUUCCAGGAACGGUUUUCAUGUCUUUACUUGCUGGAGCUCUGUUUGGUGUUUUCAAAGGUGUAGCUCUUGUCGUUUUCGCUGCCACUGCAGGAGCUUCUUCGUGCUAUUUCCUAUCUAAACUGAUUGGACGGCCCAUUAUCUUCUCUCUGUGGCCUGAUAAGCUGCAUUUUUUCCAAGCUCAGGUGGCAAAGAGAAGAGAGCGGCUUUUGAACUAUAUGCUCUUCUUGAGGGUUACACCAACCUUGCCCAACACAUUCAUAAAUUUCGCUUCCCCAAUAGUUGAUGUACCUUAUCACACAUUCUUUCUGGCAACAGUCAUUGGACUCAUACCUGCUGCUUAUGUUACUGUCCGGGCUGGGAUUGCUCUGGGAGAUCUGCGAUCCGUUGGGGAUCUCUAUGAUUUCCAAUCAAUUGCUACGCUCUUCUUCAUUGGAGUCAUCUCAAUCACCCCCACGCUGAUGGGCAAGAGCGAGAGCGAAUCAUAGUGAUUGCUGGCUUAAGCUCCCAAGGCUAGCCGUCCGGUUCUGCCUCCACUGUACAUAUAACCACAAUCCAAGUACAGCUGUUACUGUUUCUGUACCUUAACAAGGUUGAAAUCUGCAGCCACUUGAAACAAUCAGGAAAAGCAUGAUGCGAUCUUCGACUUAGCUACAGGCAAAGAGUGAUGUCCGUUUUAAUGUUCGAGGGGAGGGGGUUAAAAGCUGGUUUGGUAUUUCCGGCUCGGGGCCAAACUGUUUGUGUCCUUAAGUAAAGACAUCUUGAUCCCGUAAGGAUCGUUAUAAUGUUCUAGACUGAUGCCGGGAGAUAAGGCUUACUGUUGUAUAUUUAAUGUUAAAGUGGAUGAUUUGUAGCUUGUGCGUUAGAUAAUCUCAAUCCCGCGUUUAAUUUUA